CGUUUCAUCUCUAGUGCGCAGGCGCGACUCUGUGGUGUCACGUGAUGUCACUUUGAACAGGCUCGGCGGAAACGGAAAAGGUGAUGAGGAGCCAACAUGGCGGACAGGCUAACGCAGCUUCAGGAUGCUGUUAACUCCCUGGCUGAUCAGUUCUGUAAUGCGAUCGGAGUCCUGCAGCAGUGCGCACCACCUGCCUCCUUCAGCAACAUUCAGACCGCCAUCAACAAAGACCAGCCCUCCAACCCCACAGAAGAAUACGCCCAGCUGUUUGCAGCACUGAUAGCAAGAACAGCAAAAGAUGUUGAUGUGCUGAUCGACUCUCUGCCCAGUGAAGAAUCUACCGCCGCACUGCAGGCUGCCAGUCUGAGACAGCUGGAAGAGGAGAACCAGGAAGCUGCGGCCCGUCUGGAGGAAGUAGUUUACAGAGGAGACAUGCUGCUGGAGAAGAUUCAGUCAGCUCUAGCAGACAUCGCCCAAUCACAGCUGCGCACACGCAGUGGAGCCCCGAGUCAGCCGGCACCGCCAGAGUCAUGACAGAGACUGACGCCAACCACACAUGGACCAUAUCGUCACAGCAGGGAUUUUAUACCCAUCCUUCAUGGAUCGCAGCAGAACUUGUGUUAAAUGUACAGUUUGAUUCUGAUUUUAUUCUGUUGCCCAUCACAUGUCUUGAUUAUAUGACCUCUGACAUCCUUUUCUACCUGAUAAGUGUAAAUGUUCAGCAUCCAUCAGCCUUUUUCAGACAGUUAGCAUC